AUGAACUUCGAAGCGCCAACCUCCAUUCCACCGCGGACUAGCUCUGCAAAUGCUACAAAUGGCCCCGCAAGCCCCCCGCCCAAGUCCAAGCACCGUCGCAACAAGUCCAGUGUCGAUGGCACCAAAUACAAAGAUGGCACUUGGUCUCCCAAGAAUGAGGAAAUCCUCAUGGGCCCCUACGAUUAUCUCCAGGCCCACCCAGGAAAGGAUAUCCGCCGCUCAAUGAUCGAGGCCUUCAACUCCUACCUCCAAGUCCCACCGGACAGCUUGGCCAUCAUCACCCGCGUCGUAGCUAUGCUGCACACGGCCUCAUUGCUGUCAGUUUGGCCCCCAAAACCCCAAUCCCAAUCCACCCUGUCAACUCACCUCCAACAUAUGACUGACCCUGGCAUUUUUAACUUCAGAAUCGAUGACGUCGAAGACAAUUCCGUCCUCCGCCGCGGCAUCCCCGUCGCCCACAACAUCUUCGGCACGGCCCAGACAAUCAACAGCGCAAACUAUGUCUACUUCCUCGCGCUCCAGGAGGUCCAAAAACUCAACAAUCCAACCGCCAUCAAUAUCUUCGUAGCCGAGCUCCUGAACCUCCACCGCGGCCAGGGCAUGGACCUCUUCUGGCGCGACACGCUCAACUGCCCGACGGAGGACGAAUACCUCGAGAUGGUGGGCAAUAAGACGGGUGGACUGUUUCGGCUUGCGGUGAAGUUGAUGCAAGCGGAGAGCGCGACGGGUAAGGACUGUGUCAGCCUUGUGAAUGUCUUGGGCCUGAUCUUUCAGAUCUGUGAUGAUUAUUUGAAUCUCUCCAACACCACGUAUACGCAGAAUAAGGGCAUGUGCGAAGAUUUGACCGAGGGCAAAUUUUCCUUCCCGAUCAUUCACAGUAUUCGCUCGAAUCCAGGGAGUCACCAGCUUAUUAGUAUUCUGAAGCAGAAGACCACUGACGAAGAGGUGAAGCGCUAUGCCGUGCAGUAUAUGCAGAGUACGGGGAGCUUUGAACAUUGUCGGACGGUUGUUCAGGGAUACCGGGAUCAGGCGUUGUUGUUGAUUGAUGCGAUUGAUGCUACUCCAUGUAUCAAUGGUGCUGGGGAUGGAACUUUGGUGCGCGCCGUUUUGAAUAAGAUUGUGAAUACAACUCUGGAGAGUACAGUGUCUUGA